CGCUCCAGCUGUGGCCACACUAAGUCUGAAGCUCGAUUCGCCCUGACGCGCGUAACGCUUUUUUCCCGCAUCACUUUCCUCCACACUCAUUUGGCGCUGAAAAAUCUACCCAACAAAAGAAGAGAAUGCACCAAACCGAAUUUUCAACAAUAAACGAAAACUGCACCUAAGCCGGAUAACAAAAAUGACUUUUAAUUUACUAAUUUAAGUUUUCCAUCCAUGUAAAAACAAAAAAAAAAUAGUGCGCGAACUAAAAUCCCGUAAAAACCAGGAUGGGCCUAGCCCGAAAUAAAACUUUUUCGUUUCGUUUUACAUAGUUAUUUAACCGAAUCAAAUAAAACAAAGCAAAAAACAAGAUUUACUAAAAGUAAAUUACGUUUAAACCAUCACAACAAAUAUUAAUGUGAAAAUUGUGCAAUAAUUUAGAGAAAUUUCUAAGAGAAAUUUCUAAGAGAAAUUCAUAAGUGAGCUAAAUAUCAUUAUUGGAAAUACACAAUAAAAUAAAUGUUAUGCAACUUAAAGAUAAAAGUUAAAUCAUACAAAUAAAUGCAACCAAAACGCAGUACAUACAGAUAUAUGUAUAUAUAUAUCGAAGGCAUGUGUGUGUAUAGAGGAGUUUAAGUCCUCGAAAUAAGCACUUCUACAAGGACAAAGGAUUACUACAUUUUGAGCCAAGUUUUGGGCAAACUUUAAAGAUAAAAAGAACCCACCAAAAUUAGGAGAACAUAAUCUGAAACAGAAUCAAAGCGACGAAUUCUGAAUGCCCACCUGAGCCCCGCCCCCGGGAAGCACCUGCCCACCGGAACCCGGGCAUUUUCACCCACGCACGCAAGCGCAGGCUCCCGGGAACCACCGCACCACCCAAAAAUCAGCAGAGAGUGGAGAAAUUAGGAGCUACCGAAAUUAUUUUUGCUUUGAUUCCGCCUUUUGUUUCAAUCGCCGAAAAUGUGGAGGAAAGCGAGCAGGUUGGUCAGGGAAACCACCUCGUGGAAAACGCGUCGUCAGGGACAAACAGAAGCCCCAACAACAGCAGGACCAGCAACAACAACAACAACAUCAGCGACCAGGACGAGGACACCGACUGGACGAGGAUUAGCCAUCAUCACAUGGUCGCAGUUCGCAGUUGUUGCCGCUGUUGCAGCGCUGUUCCACUGCCGCGACUGUCAAGCCGCCGGGCGAGCACCACCAGAACCCUACUACGGCCGCUACAUCGGAGACUUCACUAACUUCGCCCAUGGAAUCAAAGGUCAAGUCUACGCAGUGGACGAGUCGACGCUGUUCGUCAAAUCCUUUGCCUACGACGGCACCGGACCGGACGCCUUCUUCUGGGUGGGCAAGACGGCACGGCCCAGUCCCGAUGGCUACAUCAUUCCAUAUCCGGAGGAGUACACGGGCAUCGAUCCCCCCAUUUUGCAGGCGCACAACCGAACGGACAUCAUACUGCGCUUACCCAUGGGCAAAAGGAUUAAGGACAUUCGAUGGCUGUCAGUGUGGUGCAGACGCUUCACGGUUGAUUUUGGUGAGGUUUUCAUACCAUCCAAUCUGGAUGUGCCCAAACCGCGUGUACUUCCCGAAUUCAAGCGAUUGGCCCAUGGCCUACGUUCCAGCAACAUCAGCGUUUUGGAUGCCAGGACGUUCUACAUACCCAACCUGCACUACGACGGAGCUGGACCGGAUGCCUAUUUCUGGGUGGGCAAUGGCAGCGAACCGAAUAUCAUGGGAAUAAAGGUGCCCAAUGAGGCAGGAUCUCUGGAACCGUUGCGCGGCUACCAGGGCGAGGACAUCGAGAUCCAACUCCCCGGGAACAUGACCGUAUACGACAUCGACUGGCUGGCCGUGUGGUGUGUGGAGUAUAGGCACAACUUCGGACACGUCUACGUUCCCAGGGACCUGGACGUACCGCCAGCUUUGGGCCAGACCAAGAUAACGCCUUCAUGGUGGUAUUCACCCACCACCACGACCCCGCGUCCUGUGUACAGCAAUUGUCGCGAGAUCCUGCCGAACAAGCUGCAGGUUAAGUGGGAGCUUCAGGACGAGUAUCUUCUGGUGGAGCUCUUCGGGCGCAUCAACGAGGAUCAGUACAUGGCCUUCGGACUGUCCGGAGCAAAUGGCCGUCCCCAGAUGUCCCAGUCCGACGUGGUGGUGGCCUUCUACGACACCAACGCCCGCGUUUUUCGGGCCGAGGACUAUUUUAUCUCGGAUUUGUCCCAGUGCGAUGGUCAGCGGGGAGCUUGCCCCGAUGAACGGAUUGGGGCACGUAAUGAUGUAAUCGUCGUUAGCGGCGAUAGAAAAAACGGGGUCACCAGCAUCCGCUAUAAGCGCUUGCUGCAGACCAACGAGGCCAUCUACGAUUCCCCGAUUCCCAUUGACCGCGAGGUUUCGGUAAUUGCCGCCAUAGGACCUCUAAACGCCCGGAAGGAGGCCAAUGCCCACUCGCACACCGCCAGCGACCACAACCAGGACGACAUUCGCAUCAAUUUCUCUACGAGAAACGAUCACGCCUGCAGGAGUUCGCUGUACGAUGUUAAGGACGAGACUGGACCCAAGCCAUGGCCCACACGAAAGAUCGAAGGUGUCAGGAAGUUCCGUGCCAGCAUUGGACCCACGGGCGGCAAGCGCGGAUAUACCGCCAUCACUGGAUCGCCCUCGUGGGGCAUUGCCUGGUAUGUGAACGAUCUGCUGAUCCCUGAAAUCACUGUGGAGCGCGGCCUGACCUACGAGUUCAUCAUCGAGGGUGGCAAUGAUCCCUCUCAACCUGCUAGAUAUCAUCCCUUCUACAUCACGGACUCUCCUGAAGGUGGACUGGGUCAGAAAAUGGGUCUGGAGGCCCGAAAGCAGAAGGCUUAUGCUGGAGUUGAGUACGACGAGGAUGGCAACGCUGUUCCGACAGCAGCCGGUCGUUAUUGCGAGUGGGAGCACCAGACCGUUGAUCGUUCGGCGGAAAUCGAGAAUUUCGAGGAAUACAUGAAAACACUGGAAUUCAAGUGCGAGGAUGGUGAGCCUGGCUACCUAAACUGGACAGUGCCGGCGAAUGCUCCCGAUCUGCUAUAUUAUCAGUGCUUUACACAUAAUACUCUGGGCUGGAAAAUCAACGUCGUGAACAUGGGUGCCUCUAGGGGAUCGAUAGUCAAUAGUCAUCAGAUUAUAUUAUACGGAAUUUUCACAGUUUUUAGCCUGGUCGCGACACGUCUUCUUAUGUGUAGUCACAUACUUGCCUGAUAGUGCCGCCAGUAAAUCGUUUUGAAUUCUGUAUUUACUUCAAAUCUAUCGGCAGAUAAGACCCCGAGAUCAGACAACAUAUCCAGAUCCUUACAUAUCCAUUACCUACCAUAUCCUGCUCAUACUUAAAGUAUCAAACCGUCAUCAAACUUCUCGAGACGAAUUUAUAAUUUCACAUUGGCACAAUCGGGACUUGUCUGUCGGUAGUUUUGGGCCACUUGGCGACUUUCACAACCAGGCUAAUAUCAUCUGACAAACAUAUCUUGACAAUAAUUCGUAAGAUGUAAAACUGUUGAAAUUGUGUGUGCAUGCGUGAGGGCCCACUGUACCGGUAACCCCGAUGAGUGGGCGUAGAAUGGGUGUUAAGCCAUAGCCGGAACUUGAUCGGUUGUUGGCAGUAGAAUUUUGUGGCUAGGCAGCGAUAACUUUUUGUACAUUUACGAGUAUGGAAUUCUACUUUUUUACAUGUAUACUUAUUAAAUUUACUUAUACAUCUACAUCUCUAGUACAGUAAAAUUGUAAUUUUUCUAGCAACUACUACAAAACCUACACUGGCAUGUAGAUUCAGAAUCAUGUUUAAUAUGCGGUUCUAUCGAAAAGUAAACCGACAAUAAUAACGCAACACUGCGACAAUAAAUUAAUGAUAGUAAAUGUGUGUAAAAACACACAAAAAAUAUUAAAACAAAAUAAAUUAGAUGGGCGCGAAUUAAGCUCAAAGGAAUUGUACAAUAAGAAUUAUAUGGAUUUAGGAAGGGCAGAAACCGAUGCAAUUUGUAUGACAAUAAUAUCUACAGAUUUGUGAAUUUUGAGAAAGUUUCGCAGACAAUACAAUACUUUUACACAAUUUGAAUGUACUAAGAAACUAAAUACAAAUAAGAUAACUAUGUUAUUUAAUGCUACUGACUACUGUGGUGCUUCUUGUAACGAUAUUAGAUGAAAUGUAAAUCACACGCCGCACACGUUUAAAAUGGAAUACAAGAAUCCCUUUGGACGGGAUGAAGUUUUUGUUAUCAGAUGGUUUUCUUGUAACUUUUUUAACUAUAUUUGCAUAAUUGGUGUUUUUAUAUAAGCAUGAUAUAUAUAUAUAUUCGUAUAUGUUUACAAUAAGCGAUAUGUUUAUAAUGGUAAGUGAAUCAGAGAGACACACAACUAAAAUGUACGACAAUAACAAGAGGACAAAUGUGUCAGCUAGAUACUUGAGAAAUAUUUGGCAAGAUAUUGAAUAUGUAAUAUUAUAAACUGAUAAAUAUCCAUGUAUGGUAAAUCCUUUUGAUAGUUGUUCGCAUUAAUUUUGGACUAUGGCUUGAUGUAAGCAAACAUAAAUCUGAACAAAUUAACUCUGUAGCCAGAGCUAAAGAUCCCCCUUAAAUGAGCUAAUUUGAAUCAAAGGACUAACUUUUCCUAAAAGUAUAAAUGUAUAAAAAACUAUUGGACACUAAAGUUUGUUAAGUUUCUGUUGUUUUCCUUCGUUUCCUUUCCCUCUAUAAGUUUACAUAUUAAGGGCCACUAUGCUGUUGUAAUGUACAUUUUCGGGUAAAAGGAUAUAGAAAAGUGUAAGGAUCCAUAAACUACAACUAUGGAGAGUUUUGAUAUUUAAAUUUGACAAGAUCUGGAGCAGGUUUAUAAGUCAAAUUGAUUUUUGUAUAGUUAAUGCAGCUAAGCGCACAAGAGUCCAGAAAAAAUGAAAACAAAGUCGAAACAAAUCAAAUUGAUAACCAAAUCAAAAGAUUUAUAAAUAAAUGCACACCUUUAUAUUCAAUUGAUAUACAUAUACAUAAAUACAUAUUUACAUUAAACAAAAGGCAAGAAUAUGACUUUCAAAGAAUAUCCCAAGAAUAUAAAAAUUUCCAUGUCGAUUAUAACUUAACAUCUCGUACUUAGAUAGCAACAUUUUUCUGCAUUACCUUAACGAAAUACUUUCAUUAAAAAUAAUAAAAUCCAAAUCAAAAGCAACUUGCAAAAAAUCUCCAAUUUAAUAAAUAGAUAUGCAUGAGGCGCAGACAAAGAGGAUGAGGAAUAAACUAAUCCAUUUUUAAAUGUUAUUAGAUCGCAUCAGAUCUAUCAAACCCGAUUGACAAUAACUUGCCAAAUAAGUGGUAGGGAAUUGAAAGAUUGAUGUCAAUAAUAAGAAGCUUCACAUGAAGAAAAAACAAAGGGCGUAAAAAACGAAUAUUCUAUAAAUAAAUUUCCGAAAAACA